GCGUCAUUGUUUGGGGGCGUAACCCGGAAGACGUGUUAUUUCAUCGGGCAGGCGGCGACAACAUGCUCUCCCCGGCUGUAAACUGACACAUCCACGGCUUUAGAUGUGAUUUUAUGACGUCCGUCUGUAGCAUCGCUGUAGGAUUAGUGAAGUCCAGAGCAGCUCACGGUUCAGCCGCAGCUCGACGCCUCGGAGCAGACAUGUGUAAAGAGCUGAAGACCAAAGUGCUGCGUUUGCUGCCGCCGACCUCCAAUGGGCCGUCCGUCCACCAGGAGAGCCUCACAGAUGCGGAAAUCCUGAGUUGCACGGUGAAGGCUCUGAAGGAGGGCCACGUGGUCGCCGUGCCCACAGACACCAUCUACGGCCUGGCGUGUCUCGCCCAGAGCUCCGAGGCCAUCGGCAAAACCUACGACAUCAAAGGACGGAACGCACAGAAGCCGCUGGCCAUCUGUGUGGGAGAAAUCCAGGAUAUCUAUAAGUACUGUAAGGUGCCGGUGAAGGAGGCGCUGUUGGGUGACCUGCUGCCCGGUCCCGUCACUCUUGUGUUCGAAAGAUCCGAAGUGCUGAACACAGAUCUCAACCCCUUCACUUCACUCGUAGGCGUACGCAUCCCAGACCACGCCUUCAUGAGACGCCUCUGCCAGAUGUGCGGGGAGCCGCUCGCACUCACCAGCGCCAACAUCAGCUCGCACACCAGCACCGUGGCCGCACACGAGUUUGAGGAGCUCUGGCCCAAACUUGCGGUGGUGGUGGACGGCGGACCGAUAGGGGGCAAGAGCCGCCUCGGAUCGACAGUGGUCGACCUGUCAGUGCUCGGCAAAUACCGCAUCAUCAGACCCGGCUGCGCCCUUUCUUCUACGGUUGAUGUGCUGGAGAACAAAUACGGACUGUCAGAGGACUCGGGGGAGCAGUGACCCUUGAACCCUCCACACUCCACAACACAUGCUGAGACGCACAAACCAGCUUUGACCCGGGGGCUUCCUCAGAAAAGAUGAAUCCUCUCCGUGCUCUCGUGGAAGAAUUCCUCUAUCCCGGGAAAGAUUUCAACUCGGGAACAUCGAGCGCUAAACCCUUGAUAUUUUUCUGAUGACUUCUUAUUUUAAUUUCCAUAUUUUCUGCCUUACUGUGUGUCUACAAUACUUAUUUAUUCAGAAAUAUAGAUCAAGAUGAGCUAUAGAAAACGGGAUUUUUUUCUUUUGGUAUAAAAAUAAAAUCUUUUUGAGUUUUUAUUUGUCAGAAAUUGCAUUGACUGUACUUCAAAUAUUUUUUAUUAAAAUAUGGAUUAAAUCCCCUGUAUAUUUUAUCUGCAUGUCCGUCAAACAGUGAAACCUUUGCACUAAAUUGGUCACAGUUAAAAUAACACUGUUUCAUGUUGUAGGUUAAACUAAAGUAUAUUUACAAGAUGGAAAUUAACAUUGUAAUAAUAACAUUGUAAAUUCUCAUCAUUUUAUUGAUGAAUUGUACAACCUUGGCACGACGACAUUAAAAGAUUUCUGUAUCAUCA